CGCCUAAACAGAAUCCUUCCAGCGUUCUCCAAGUUCUGCCAGCUUCCCAGCUAUGUACCGCUAUGCCAUGUACAAUUGCACCGCAUUCCCCGCACGGCUCCUCUGACCUCCCCAUGACCUCCCCCAAGUAAACCCCUGACAGUAGAAAAUGCGCUGUGCGGAGUAGCUACUAGCUAAGUGCCGUCCUAACUUUAAACUAAGCUGUUCGUGGGGGAUGUCCGCCUUCUUCCCCAUCUCCUAGAGUAAAACUCCAAGGUUUAAAGUGGAAAUAACCAUGUUAGCCAUUAAUAAGGCGUGGAGAUGGGAUCUCUAGUUUUUUAUGAGAUUCGCCGGUGAUGCCCUCUUUUGGUUGUUGUGAGGCUUUUCAUCAUGCCUGCCUAUAAGCCAAGCUGGAAAUGGCUGGACAUCUGGGCAAGGAUGCGAAUCUCCAACUGCAAGUGACGCAGCUAGCUUUUUUUCUCUCUCGGUAGCUCGGCGUCGAAUCGCCUUUAUCCUACCCGAAGGAUCAAAAGGAAUAUAAAAUGUGCGCCUACGCAGCUGACCGAAGACCGGAAUGUUUGACCAUUUCCUAUUCCUCGAUCAAGGUCAAUCAUGAGGACUCAACGGCUUCUUACCGUCAACCUGGUUGGGUGUCUGUUCCCCUUAUUGGGGUUAUGCCAGGGCACUGCGAAUUGGAUUUCCGUGGGCGACGACGGCUCUUCCUUCUCUCUGUCUUCAUCCAACAUCUCCUACCGGUUCCAUGUCGAUCCCUUGACAUUGGACCUGGUCCACGAUCACUGGGGUGCUUAUUCAGCUGAGACUAUCGCUGAUUUCAACGGAAUAAUAUCUGGUUGGGGUGGUCCUUACACUUACCGUCGACGUGAAUUCCCUGACCUUGGCCGUGGUGAUUUUCGAGUCCCCGCGAUCCACAUUCAGCACGCCGAUGGAGAUACCGUAUCAGCAUUCUCUUAUACGGGCUACAAUAUCAGUCCCGGCAAGCCGUCUCUCCCUGGUUUACCGGCUACGUAUGGUAGUGAAGGAGAUGUAUCAACGCUCACCAUACAUAUGUAUGACAACUACUCAGAUGUCUCUGCGGACCUGUAUUAUUCCAUCUUCCCCAAGUAUAAUGCGAUUACCCGCAACUUCCGGAUCACCAAUAAUGGAAGUCAAGAUAUAACGAUCUUGAGAGCUAGUAGUUGGAGUAUCGAUAUGCCAAAUGAGGAGUUGGAGAUGCUCGAUCUUCAGGGUGAUUGGGCCUCGGAGGCGAAGGUUAAUAGGCGGCCGGUUGUAUACGGUGAACAAGGUUUCCGUUCCUCGGCAGGUUAUUCGUCUCACUUCCACAACCCCUUUGUUGCCCUGGCGCCCCCAACAACUACCGAGUCCCUCGGUUCAGCGACAGGGUACUCUCUAGUCUAUACCGGCUCGUUUUCCGCCGAUGUCGAGCGGUGGUCUACUGGUUGGGUUCGAGUCCUCCUUGGUCUAAAUCCUCUGCAUCUCUCCUGGACCGUAGCUCCGGGCGACACGUUCACCUCGCCCGAGGUGGUUUCGGUCCACUCAGAACAGGGAAUGGGUGGAAUGUCUAGGUCUUUCCAUUCGCUUUAUAGAAACCAUCUAUCUCGAUCGAACCACACAUUCGAGACUCGGCCGCCAUUAUUAAACUCAUGGGAAGGCCAUGGUUUCGAUUUUAAUGAGUCAUCAAUGGUUAAGUUGGCUGAGGAAGCUGCAGGUCUAGGCUGCACCCUGUUUGUCAACGACGACGGAUGGUUUGGCACAGAUUAUCCCCGGAACAACGACAGCUUGGGUCUUGGUGACUGGACCCCGAACCCGGCCAAGUUCCCUAAUGGCCUGGCACCCUAUAUCGAAAAAGUGGACAAUAUUACCGUCGGCAACACUUCCGAGCACAUGCAAUUCGGACUAUGGGUUGAGCCAGAAAUGGUCAAUCCUGAUUCUGAUCUAUAUAAAGCACAUCCUGAUUGGGUCAUGCACGCGGGAACCCACAACCGUACGCUUCAAAGAAACCAGCUCGUUUUGGACUUGGGUCUCCCCGAAGUGCAGGACUAUAUCAUUACGAUCAUGAAGCAAAUACUCGAUUCGGCCCCUAUUCGAUACAUAAAAUGGGACAACAACCGAGGUAUGCAUGAGAUGUCGUCUCCAUCUGCCAGCCAUGCAUACAUGUUAGGUUUAUACCGCGUCAUUGACAACCUCACGACCGCUCAUCCGGAGAUCCUAUGGGAAGGAUGCGCUUCCGGAGGAGCGAGGUUCGAUCCCGGCCUACUUCAUUAUUGGCCCCAAAGCUGGACAAGCGACGAUACAGACGGUUUAGAACGGCUGCACAUCCAGUUUGGAACGUCUUACCCUUAUCCUCCUUCGGCAAUGGGUUGCCACAUUAGCGCCGUCCCUAACGGCCAAACUGGACGCGUCACUCCAUUGGCUUUCCGAGCAGCAGUAGCCUCUAUGUGCGGUUCUUUCGGCCUCGAGCUAGAUCCUUCCAAGCUUGACCAGGAGGAACUCGAUGCGAUCCCGACUCUAAUUGCUACGCAACAAAAGAUUAACCCCAUAGUUAUCAACGGUGAUUUCUACCGCUUGGCGCUACCGGACCAGUCCAACUGGCCUGCCGCUAUGUUCGUCUCCCCAGAACUUGACUCUGCUGUCCUGUUCGCAUUCCAAGUUCGCUCCGCUCUUAAGCCUCUACCGCCCCCGCUUAAAUUGCAGGGUCUGGACUCGAGCGCCAAGUAUAAAGUGAGCAACGGGACUUGGGAACAGAGCCUGUCUGGCUCAACACUAAUGAAUACCGGCCUAAGCUUGACUUGGCCUCAGGCUGAUUAUCAGAGCAUAAUCUUGACCUUUGAUAAACAAUAAAUAAUUGGCAUAAUAUUGUAAAUAAUCAUUUACGCUCGUCUACUAGGAC